AUGAAUCUGAUGAAAGACCUGGAUGUCUACGACUGCGUCGUCUUCAGUGUGUUGACUGCUGGAGGAUACCUGGUUGGCUUGUACUUUUCUUUGGCCCGAAGAAGGCGACAGUCAACAUCCACAGAUGGCAGCGGCGCGUACGAAGAGAUAGAGACAUUUCUGGGUGGUAAAAGCCUUCCGGCUGCCGCCCUGGCCGUUUCAGUUGUGGCGUCAGUGGCGAACGGCGUCAACGUGGUGGGCUUCGUGGGUCACUACUACGCAUAUGGCUUUCACUCAAUCUGGGUUGUGGCUGGCACCGUAGUUGCACUGGCGCUGACAGUGACCGCAGUAGUUCCUUUGCUCUAUGGGCUCCGGGUGGCCUCAAUAUUUCAGUACCUCCGUCUCCGUUUCGACAACAAGGUUGGCAUCACUGCCUGUAUUGUCUACUUUGUCCUGAGCCAAACGCUUGGUGCCGUGGGCAUAUACAGUGCAGCUGUUGGGAUUUCAACAAUGUUCCCUGUGCCCAUUCUCUACUCGAACAUUAUUAUUGGAUUAGCAGGAACAGUGUACACGGCUCUGGGCGGACUGCGUGGCGUGGUUUGGGCGGACUGCGCUCAAGCCUUCGUGAUGUUUUUAUCACCACUCACAAUUACAGCCAAGGUCGUUUACGACUCCAAAUAUGUGACCCAGCCACUGCGGCCCAUAAGCGACAUGAACGUCACCGAAUACAUGUUCAGAAUGAACGUAGACAUCACGAGUGACGACAACUUCUGGACUUGCCUUAUAGGGGGGCUACCCUACAUCCUGGUGCGCAUGGGAUUUGACCAGAUGGUGGUGCAACGAUACAUGGCAGCGAGUAAUGUUCGCGCUGCCAAAAUAAUAGCCAUGGCCGGUGCGGUUUUCGUCCUUUUCUUCUUUCUGCUGGUGGCCAUUGCCGCUGUGUGUAUCAUCUAUUGGUACAGAGACUGCGACCCCUACGUGAGCGGCGAUAUCAGCAGCUACGAUCAGAUUGUUCCUUACUACAUUAAAGAAAGCCUUUCAGACAUCGUGACCCUGCGAGGCCUUUUCCUGGCAGGGCUCCUAGGUGCUACCACGAGCACCGUGUCGUCUGUUGUGAACUCCCAUGCAGCGACCUUUUACAUCGAUGUAUUCGGACUGUACUUCAAAUUCAGUGAGCGUAGUGCUCUACACGUCAUGCGCUCAUUAGCAUUUGCAAGCGGAACCAUAAUGACAUUGUUUGCUAUCGCAGUUCCACUGAUGGGUACAGCAACCGGACUCUUCCUGUCUCUGUAUGCAUCCGCCUCGGGUCCAUUCGCUGGGCUCAUCCUUCUAGCCAUAUCAUCUCCCUGGGUCAAUGCCAAAGGUGCUGCUUGGUCGAGCUUGCUGGUUUGUGUGCUCCAGCUGUGGCACGCAGUGGGGAAAACCUUCUUUACAGAGCCGCGGGCGCCGGCAUUUGUGGGAACGCUUGAUCGAUGCCCCGUGGCGGAAAACAGUACGGCUGAAAGCUGGACUUUCGCAGCCACGCCGCACUCCAUGUUGACGCAGAGUUCUCAAGGAUUUCCUCUGUAUGAGCUCGCAUUCUUUUGGAGCUCUUUUAUUGGUGCCUUGCUUACAAUAUUUCUUGGGACUGCAAUCAGCGUCCUAACAGGUGGAGUCAAAACAUGUAAAGACAACCUGAGUCUCACAAGCCCCCUCUUUUUGAGCCUUUGGAGGCGCUUCAAGUUUCUUGCCCAAAUAAUUCAGGUUGACAAAGAAGCAAGAAAUGGCCACGGAAAAUUGCUUCGCGGGGAUGAAGACGUUACUGAAGAAACCAUACUUGGUGCCGAGAUCUCUUUAAAGAAAGAAGAUAACUAUUUCCGGGAAACUCUGGCAUAG